ACACGCAGCCCGGCCCCUGCACUGGAUCGCCCGAAGCAUGGCACGAAUCGUAUAAAGGCCGAUGGACUGGGCCUCGCAGCACAGUCAGUCAGGCAGCCAGUCAGUCUGUCCGUCAGACGUAGUGAGUGAGUGAGGGAGGGAGUGCGUGCCUGGGAGGUGCGCUGCGUUCCGGAGCCUUCUUUCUUCGGACUCGGUUCUCUUUGGAAAAUUGGGCGAGAAGUUCGAAGAGGCGCACCUCCAGGCGCCGAUCCGAUCCGGCUGGAAGUGAGCGAGGAAAUUGUGGGUGGUGACUAAAAAUAAAUCAAGUGACAACGUUGUUUUGUUCGAAAAUCUCUUUCAGCUGCAGCUGAUUCACAGGUUCAGCAGAAUUCUGUUUCGUCGUGUUCCUCGUCGUCCUCCGACCAGACGGUCAGAAUGGCGGAUGCUGGCCAGUGGGAAGUUGCUCGGACCCUGAUCAAAAUGGUGGCUAUCUGUACAACGCUGUUCGUUGUCACCGAUUAUGCAACAAUGUUCUCCAGGUUCUGUUACAGAGUGUAUACAGGUGGGGCAUCGCUGUGAGAGGAGCUUGUACAGACGCGGUUCGUGAGGCCAACUCCGGCAGAUGGGAAAAACUAUAAAGCGUCUAGCGUUAGCUUGUGAAGCACGAGUGCUGUGUCUAAAAGUGUAUAUUACUUGAUAAAGCUUGGGCUUCACGAGCUUUACUAGCUUAGUGACGUUAAUACCUGAAGAGCCUAGACUGAUUGGGAAAUUUAAAAAGCAGGAGCGAUGCACAUUGCAUGGAGAAUAUGUCCUUUGUACAGAUUCUGAUGUUAGAGAUUGGCAAAAUAAUACGUUAGCCUUUUACUGGCUUCAUCAUUAAUAUACCUACUUCAUUCCACGUGA